AUGCCUACAUAUGUACCUAGGUACUUACAUUGCUCAGUACCCAAGUACCUACUUACUCCUCGCGGUAAUUCUUGUUACCUUUUGGCAAUCAAAUCUUGCACAUCCAUUGCAGAUUUCCCGGUCCGUCGCUCUGUUUCGUAUCUUUGCUUCAGUCCGUUUCUGUUGCCUUCAUCCCGUACUCUCUCUCUCUCUCUCUCUCUCUCUCUCUUUCGUGUUCACUCUCUUGCAGUAGCCUCUUUGGCUCUUUCUCUGCCCAAGCACAGCGUUAUUCAAUAGGCAUGCAUUGGCAGCACCUCAGUUUGUGUGUAUUGUUGCAAAUAAC